UUUUCGACUUCGCGUUUGAAAACGAAAAACUCGGUUUGUCCUUUCGACGACCCGUACUGACCUCAAGGAUUAUGUCGACGGUCACGUUUUCGCUUUGUUGAUAUUUAACAGAACUUGAAACGCGGGUCCGCUUCGCUCGCUCUACAUUACACUACUAUAUAUAACAGUACCAUACAAACGGCACCAAAUAUAAUGCGAGGCGUCAAGUGACAACUGGCACCUUUUUCUCAGUUCACGUCGCAGCGGUUUUUUGCAGCUCUGCCUAUGAUGUCCAUUUAGCAGAGUAGGAAGGAUGGUGUCCUACAAACUGCUGACCCCGGAGGACGUGUACUUCUCCGGGGGCUCCGGCUCCGUUGAGGAACCGCUGGAGGAGCCCGUGGAGGAGAAGCCCGCGAACAGUCCCCUGCUGGAGAAGAAGACCGUAUGUUCCGCCUCCACCAGCUUCAUCGCCCUGGGCGCUUUCCUGCUGGUGGUGUGUGUCGUCUGGGUGAUCGGCACCGUUUUUUGGCUGCGCAGUCCAAGCGGCCAGUUUCCGCAUAGACCUCCAUCCCCUGCGUCGGGGUCCGCCUCUGCCUCGACCGUGGUCUCGGCCCCGUCCCGCGAAGGGCUCGCCUGCAGCGGAGUCCCCGAGAACUGGCGCUUCGACUGCUACCCGGAGAAGGUGGUGGUGACGCGGGAGCUCUGUGAGGCCAGGAACUGCUGUUUCAUCCAGGUGUCUUCAGGCAAGAAGCCGAUCAAGGAUGGGGUGCCUUGGUGCUUCUACCCCCCUAACUUCCCUACGUACUGGCUAGACGCGCUGAACGACACUGACCUUGGAUUCACGGCACAGCUGAAGAAGUCAGAGAAAACAUACUAUCCCAAGGACGUUGAAACGAUCCAGCUGGAUGUUUUGUAUGAAACCGACUCAAGGCUGCGUGUAAAAAUUACAGACCCUUCCUACCCGAGGUUCGAAGUCCCCAUCUCUGUACCCAACGCCACGCAGAAAGCAUCCAGUCCUCUUUACACUGUGGAGUUCUCCAAGAAGCCUUUUGGCUUGAUAGUGAAAAGAACAUCUACUGGAACGGUCAUAAUUAAUACCACAGUGGCUCCGGUGUUCUACGCAGACCAGUUCCUCCAGUUGUCCACUUCCCUCCCCACGCGGUAUGUGUAUGGGUUGGGGGAACAUCGCUCAACCUUCCUUCAUGACAUCGAGUGGAACACCCUUACCAUGUGGGCCCGAGAUGUAGCGCCUAUGGAAAAAACUAAUCUGUAUGGUGUUCACCCGUUCUACUUGGGAAUGGAACAAGGUGGUUCAGCUCAUGGGGUUUUUCUUUUGAACAGCAACGCCAUGGAUGUUGUCCUUCAACCAGCCCCAGCGAUUACUUGGCGUACCAUUGGUGGAAUAUUGGACAUUUACAUUUUCCUGGGACCUGAUCCCAGCUCAGUUAUACAGCAGUACCUGCAGGUUGUUGGUUCUCCUGCCAUGCCACCGUAUUGGGCUUUAGGAUAUCACCUGUGUCGCUGGGGAUAUAAUUCAAGUGAUAAUACCUGGGAAAUGGUGAGGACCAUGAGAAAAUAUGGCAUACCCCAGGAUGUACAAUGGAACGAUAUUGACUACAUGGACCGGUCCAUGGAUUUCACCAUGGACCCCCAGAACUUUGCUACACUUCCAGAAAUGGUGAAGGAUCUACAUAGUCAUGGACAGAAAUACGUCAUGAUUCUGGACCCUGGGAUCAGUAGUACUCAGCAGCCAGGCACUUACUGGCCUUAUGAUGAUGGCUUGAAGAGGGGCAUCUUUAUUAAUGAUUCCAGCGGGCAAACGUUGAUUGGAAAGGUUUGGCCAGGUUUGACAGCCUUCCCUGACUUCUCCAGCCAGGAAACACACAGAUGGUGGUAUGAUAACCUGCAGAGGUUCCAUGACAAAGUCCAGUUUGAUGGAUUGUGGAUUGAUAUGAACGAACCUUCAAACUUCUUGGAUGGAUCGUUGAAGGGCUGUCCGUCCAAUGACCUAGAAAAUCCCCCAUAUACACCUGGGGUUCUUGGUGGCUCACUGAGAGCCAAGACACUGUGUGCUUCUGCCCUCCAGAAAACAUCUGUUCACUAUAACAUGCACAGCUUGUAUGGCCUCCUGGAGGCCAAAGCCUCCUCCUCCGCCUUGAAGAUGAUUUUGGGAAAGCGCCCAUUUGUCAUAUCACGCUCAACUUUCCCCAGUCAAGGACUUUACUCUGGGCACUGGCUCGGGGACAACCGGAGUCAGUGGACGGAUUUGUACACCUCUAUAAGUGGCAUGCUGACCUUCAACAUCUUGGGCAUUCCGCUCAUUGGAGCUGACAUCUGCGGCUUUGGCGGCACUACCACAGAGGAGAUGUGUGUGCGGUGGACCCAGCUAGGGGCCUUCUACCCCUUCACUCGCAACCACAACUCCAUCAAUGAGAAGGCCCAGGACCCGAGCGCUUUCAGCCCCUCAGCCCGCACGGCCAUGCAGGAGGCGCUGCUGCUGCGCUACUCGCUUUUCCCCCUCCUCUACACACUCUUCCAUCAUGCCCACCUGGAGGGGCACACUGUGGCCCGGCCCCUGCUAUUUGAGUUUCCAAAUGAUGAGAAAACAUACUCCAUAGAUCGGCAGUUUCUCUGGGGGCGGAGCUUACUGGUGACCCCUGUGUUAGAUCCAGGUGUCAGCUAUGUCGUUGGAUACUUCCCCAAAGCCCUGUGGUAUGACUUUUUUACGGGGAACUCUUUGAGGAGCCAGGGAGAGACAGUGAAGCUCCAGGCACCACUGGACAAGAUUAAUGUCCAUCUCCGUGAGGGAGCAGUUAUCCCCACACAGAGGCCCAAUACUACCUUGUGGGUGAGCAGUGGGCAACCGCUGCACCUCAUCUGCAGCCUGACGGAUGAGGGCACAGCAGCAGGAGACCUCUUUUGGGACGAUGGGGAGACCAUUGACACCUAUGAAACAGACCAAUAUGCCUACAUUGUGUUCCAUGUGGCAAAGAAUGUGAUGACCUCACAAGUCCUUCACGACAACGUAGAGGCCACGUUCAUCACCGUGGAGACUGUGUCCUUUUAUGGAGUGAAAGAAGAACCAUCAAAUGUGACUGUGAACUCCCAAGACGUUCCUUUUACAUACAAAGGCAAUCAGGUUUUAACUGUGACAGAUCUUGGUCUGAACCUCAGUCAGAACUUUACUAUCAGCUGGGCAUAGCAGGACAUGGAAAACGGGUCCUGACUUGCGCUAGAAUUCUUCUGCUGCUGCUUUUGUUGUGAUUCCCAAUUUGUGAAUGAGCUGGCAAUCUGGAAAAUUUUAUGGAAUUAUUUUUUUAUCCCUCUGAUGAUUAUGCUGACAAGCUUUUUGCACUACUAAAGACCACAAAAAUGUGUACUGUAUCAUUGCAAGAUGAAUGACAGAAAGGAAAAAAGUUGUACAUAUCAGGGUGUGCUUUUGUUUUGCUUGUUGGAAGCCUUUGGCUUUUGUUAUUAAAUUUAAUAAAAACUUAAUGUGGGGGGUAAACAGGAGACGAUGGUGAGAGAAUGGUGUCUUACAUCCAAGAUUUCUCUUCUUAGACCGUGCCUUUUAACCCCUUUAGCUGUGAUCCUGCUUCAGACUGGCUUUAUUGUAAGUGUGGCCUUUCAGUUUUGCUUCUGUAGCAAAGUGCAUCUCUUCUUUAAGUGUGAUUUAAAAUAAAUAAAAACACACAGAUGGCUGUUAUCCCCCAUGUAAACAGUUACUCCAGUAAACCACAUGAACCUCAUGCACAUUGUGACAUGUUAUUGCACAGCGGUGGGAUGUUAGAUCUGUACUUUGCCUUGUCUGAAGGGCGCUGUAUAAAAAGCUUUAAUACCUCAAUUUAAAUAUUUUUGUUUUAAAUUGGUUGUUUCACUUUUCUGUCAGCAUGUCCUUGAUAAGAAAAACAAAUGAAUAUUUUCAUGCCUGAUGAACUUUUAUAAUACAUACAUGAAUGUGUGUGUUUUUUUUUUUUUGAGAACUCUAAUGAACUUCAGGUUUUAGGAGGAAUUUAAUGGAUGUUACUUGCACCUGAAUUCCCAUUUUCCUCCUUUGAUUGGUGAGAAAAUAAUAUGGGUGUACCUUUUAUUGUAAAGUGUAUACCUCUGAACAGGUAUGUGCCACUUGAUGGAAUCAUAGUUACACAAGGGAAGAAAAUUGGUUUGAAUCAUCAAUCACCGUCUUGUUUUAAUAUCUUUUCAUUUUUUAUUUUUUCUGCAUGAGAAUUGAAAUGUGCAGAUGUGUUUUUUUUUUUUUUUUUUUUUUAAAUUUUCCAAGCAAAAGGGAUGUUUCAUGCUUCAGUGAACCUGAAUCUAACUGAUCUAAGUUGCUUUGAAUUAGACUCUUUUCAACUGUGUGCAGCCCUGCAAUAAAGGAACAUUUUAAGCUGGUCUGUUUCAUUUUACGCUGUUGCAAUAUUUGUUGUGUGAACAUGACACUUUUAUCCUCGGAUGUGUCAAAGAAAGGCCUUUAUCUCUAAUAUGUAUGCUCU